AGCAGCCCGAACCAAAGCGCAGCGCGAGGCUGCUUCCACCUGCCUUUUUUGGCCAGGCGUAUGCGAACAGUCAAAGGAACAUCUGAGGAAAGUUGGGUUCGUUACUAUUUUGAUGGACAAGUAAUACAGUACGCCAGUCAUCUGUUACAUGUGUUCAUGUUGAUUUAGCGUCUUGUUUGCACCUUCUACAAUAAGUUUCAUUGCAACUGCUCCGCCCCGUCUUAUCUCUCUUCCUCACAGUCGAUAUCCAUCGCAUCUACAUUCAUCGAGCACGACCUCUUUCCGUCGCGCAAGUUGUUGCACUGCCGCGUGUGUGACUUUCGCUGUGGUACAGUACCGAACCUAAUGCUCUGUUCCAUAAAGCUCGACCCUCCUGCCUUGAGCAGUCGCAGUGUCGCAGCGACACUUUCGCAAAGAACAAAAGAACAGGAAUGACUUCUGACUCGCGUCCGGCGGACAUGCAACCUCCAGCAAAUCCAGCACCGAUUCUUCCUCUGGGUAACGGUCCUCCCAGUCCUCGCCACUGGCCAGACGAGGCGGUCAGAAUCCAACAAGGCGCUGCCGUCAUCCGUAAUGGCUCCUGCCUCCCCGAAAUAGAGUUCAACUGCGCGAGAGACACCUUCACACCCCUCUCUCCUUGCUGCCCAAGUCGUCUCACCUGUCAGGGCACAGGAACCUUCAGAUGCUGCCCUCCACGCACUGACUCUUUGUACGAGCUCGGCGCGUAUUUCUGCUGCGCAAACGGCACGCAAGGAUAUAAUAUCAACGGUCACGGCUUGUGCGCAAGUCCAGGAGCUGCGUUUAUGGAAGGAAAGCCACUGCUACCUGAACUUAUCGUCGAUCCAACUGCUACGCCAUCGUUAUCGCCGCUGCUGUCGGACGGACAUAGAGUCACCGCCUCAUACUCGAACGCCGCAAUCGUCGGUGGUGUACUCGGAGCGAUCCUUGGAUUCGCUAUUGUCGUACGGGUAACUCUAGUCGUCAUGCGCCAGAGGCAACGAAGCAGAGUGAAGAUUCUACCAGCAGAAGAGGAUGGAUCUGGUCACAACAGCGCUGGGCACUCAGGAGGUGAUGAACCAAUCGAUGGCUCAUUCAUGAUGCGCCCAGACCUUGACAAGGAGCUGGUUCCACAUCUAGCAUCGUUCGAACUACAAUGGACUGCGAUACAGUCGCCCAGGUCUGGAAGAUCCGUAGCUUAA